AUGGAUUGCCUCAAAGUUCCAGAGGCGGGUCUGCACCUCACCAGAUCUCCCCCUCCGGACUCUCCUCUUCCGCCUCAGGCAUUUGCUCUCUCCCUCAGUGGCAGCGUCGUUGAUGGCCUCCUCCGAGCGGCUCGCGAUGGAAACUCUAUUCAACUUGCUCUUGGCAAGACUCCCACCUUACACUAUGGCAACAGCUCACAUCGUAUAUCACGUCCCGAAACCUCUUCGCCCUACGAACUCUACCUGACACGACCCUACGACUCAACCCGAGAGGCAGCCAGGCUCCCCAUCACCACCAAUCUAUAUACCAAGCCUCACCAGAGCAAGCCAAAACAAAAAGCGACAUCCUCCAACAAGGCGGCAGACUCUGGACUGGAUUCUGACAUUGAAGCGCUGCAAAAUGGCCUGGCGGCUCGAGAGGCGGCCAAAGAAAGGUCUCAAAUGAUCGAGAGAGCCCCCAAUGCUGCCAAGCCCACAAAGGCCAAGAGCAAGCUUCUCUCAGGCUACAAUGCCGUCCCCCGAUCGAUAGCGACGUCACCGAGCCACACCCCGUCUCCAGCCACCGCCCCCCACCACUACCUACGACAGAAAUGGGUCGGCCGUCCGGAAGACUUCAAGUCGACAUUGGAGAAGAUGGCCGAGUUCCACCCCGACACCAAGAAUUGGAGUAUGAAGAAAACCUACUGGAAAGAACUCGACGUAUGGAAUUACGACUACGAUAGCGAAGAAGAACGGCAAACAGCCAUUGAGAGCGCUAUAAGACAAUAUGACAAGCAGCGAUUGUCCGCCUUCGAGCCUGAAUGGCAGAAGUUGCUGAAAAAAGAAGAGCGUGGCAAGGGCAAAUGCCUGAGCCGACUUCAAGCAUCCUUGGCCAAGGGGCCGACCCAGCCAGCCCCCAAAAUUAAGGUGCAAAAAGCAGACGAUAGCUCAACUACAUCCAAAGACGAUGGAGAUGCUCGCAGUGUCGCCAGUGACCGAAGCAGAGCUGGCGGCGAACCAAUGUCGAGGACGAAUUCCUCCAGCAGUGCCACCAAGGCAAAGAAGCUAGCCAAAGAGCCAGAGCCGAAGCGAGCCGCGCCAACUACCAAGUCGAAACCCGCAAUGCCCAAACCUUCACCGACCAAGCCCAAGGCUGCUGCCGCCAAAUCAAACGGCGCACGCGUCUUGUCUCAAGCCAUCAUUGAAAACUCGGAUUCGUCUGGGGACGAAGCGCCACUCGCGCAAUCGAAGCCGAAGCCGAAUCCGAAGCCAACCGUCAGCAAGGAACCUCCUGCACGGCCUGCACCCAAGCCUGCACCCAAGCCUGCCGCUAAACCUGUUGCCAAGCCUGUGGCCAAACCUGUGGCCAAACCUGCUCCCGUAAAGCGACCUCACUACGACGAAGACGAAUCGAGUUCUAGCUCGGGAACUCCCUUGUCCAAGAGACUAAAGCAGAGGCCGCCCCCGCCACAGACUAGCUCGAAGCUCAAGUCCCGUGUGCCGGAUAUGCAACACGCUUCUCGUCCCGCUACAAAGACAACGGCGCCCCGGCCCAAGAACACAUCGCCCAUCAAGUCGUCGCCGCUCGCUACUUCACCACCCACCAACGCAUCUGACAUUGAGUCGGACCACCGACGGCCAAUCAAGAAGCGCAAGGCUGAGUUUGAGGGUCGGGCAGACACUGCGAAGCGUCAGGCAAUAGCCAAUGUGCCCCGAGAAGUGCUGGAGAGGGCGACAAAGUUCAAGGAGUACUACGCCAAGUACGAAGCCUUGCACUACCAGAUUCAAGCACUUGCCCAUCCGCCGCAGGAGAAGAUUGAGAAUUUGCUCAACAUGCGAGGCAGGCUGAAGUCGAUGAAGGAGGAGUUUGAGCCGUAUAGAAAGCGCUGA